UUAUGUACCUGACUGAUUUAUAGGUCAGUUGAAACGUCAAACAAUGCGUCAAGUGAUACAAACAUUAUUGUGGAUUUUAGAAGUAAAAUUUGAUGGUGCCAUUUUAUUCUUGCAAGAUAAACAUGUGGUGACAGUUUACAGACAGGAUUAUCAAAACUUGUAAAUAAAACGUCAUAAAAUUUGUGAAUUUCUGGAUGCUUAACAGGUGGGAUAGUUCCAAAAAUAUUUGAACAGUUGAAUACACUAAAUCACACGUUUAAUCGGGGGCGUUUUGAUGAUGUGACAAAUUUGAUGGUUGUAUUUUCAUUUCACCCACGUGUUUAUACACACACGUCAAACCUGAACUAUUUUAACACUGGCAUGCGGACAUAUAUGAUUUCAAUAUUUAGGCCAUCUCCAUAAAUUGUACAAAGACACAUUAUGGGAGGCAGUUCAUCAACACAAAUUGCAAUGCUUGGAUUGGAUUCAGCCGGAAAAACUACAUGCCUCUACAGGCUAAAAUUCAAUCAGUACACAGCCACCAACCCUACAGUUGGGUUUAACUGCGAGAAAAUAAAUGUGGAUAACGGAACUGCAAAAGGGAGUGUAUUCACUAUUUGGGACGUUGGGGGACAAGAUAAGACCAGACCCCUUUGGAAAUCUUACACAAGAAAGGCUGAUGGAAUCAUUUACGUUGUAGAUAGUACAGACAAAGAACGCUUGGAGGAAGCUAAAAUUGAAUUGACAAAGUUAUUAAGAUGUCCAGAAACUCUUGGAUUACCAGUUGUUGUUCUGGCAAAUAAACAGGAUUUACCACGUUCUAUGGAUAGUGGUGAAGUUGAAAAGUUGUUGUCAUUACACGAACUACCACCUGGACAGUUGUGGCAUGUUGAGCCUACAUGUGCAGUCACUGGGGAAGGGCUUGACGAAGCAGUUGAAAAAAUGUGUGAGUUAAUAAUUAAAAAGAAGAAAGCCAAACGGAAAAGGUGAACAAAGUUGUGAGCAAUUCAGAUGAAGUGUUUGCUUACAGAAGAGAUGGUAAUUCUGAAAUUACCCUAGAAAUCCGUCCAAGAAGGAUACUACAAAUUAUGUGCCAUUUCAGACCAAACUGCGUCCUCGACAAUCCAAUUCUAACACAGGGUGAUGUGUGUCCAACAUACUGUUGUGCACAACAUAAAAACUGCCUGAUAUUUCUAGAUGAAAUAGAGGGCAAAUUAUGUGUUCAGAUUGAGGAUUUAUCUAGAUACAGUGUAUGUGUAGCAGUUAGUGACCAACAUUGUCUGACAACAGAGAAACUUACUCUCUGACCAUGUCUUUUAUGUUAUCAUUAUUAUAUCAUACUUGUAUAGCACUCUUUUCAUGAAAAAAAAUGUUCAGAGGUGCUUUACGCACAAGGGCAGCCCCUGGGGGCAGAGUAAUCUAACCACAGAGAUAUAGUGACAGAAGCUGUCCCCUCCCCAGAGCACAGAAAGGUGUACAUCCACACAAUCUGUUGCUUUGUGUUGUAUAUGAUGAAUGUUGAACAAUAUUAUAAUAUAUGAUAAAAUCAUAAGUAAAAUGGUCAUGAAAAUUUAUUUUAUGCAUUUACUUACAAAUUUUUAUAUUGGUGAAUAUUCGAAGACAAGCUGUGUUGUGAAAUUUUUUAUUGUGGUUAACUUAGACAUUCCCUGAAGUAAUUUAUGUGCUACCAUGAUAAUUCUCUCAUGUCAUAUCUUUUUCUAAACUAAUGAUAGUUUAACAAAAAAGUACAUGUUGCUGUAAAAACUUUAGUCUAUAAUUUUUACCCUCCUGAUGGGCCAUAAAAUCUUGGCAGGGUAGACUAUUUGAUUAGUGCAACCUGAUCUCUCUGUUAGAAAGUCAUAUAUUAUUCAGAAAACACUUAACUUGUCUUAUUUAGACUACUCUAGAAAACAGCUUGUGAACUUUUCUGUAUUGAUUGGUCCUGUACAUGUAUAACUUACUGCUAAAUCAGACAAAUUUACAGUCUUACCUAAAUAAUUAGUUGAUCUUAUCUUUAAGAUUUUGUCAGUCUAGCUCAUGUCAGAUUUUAUUCUUUAUCAAACCCACCACAGACAUAACAAUUUUCUUCUCUUUGUUUUUUUUUUUUCACUAGCUUAGCAGAAACUGCUGAUGCUACUUUCCCAGUAGGAAAUUUUAUAAGAAUGUCUGGCCUUGUAUUGUAAUGAGAUAAUGUGCAAUAUAUUUAUACAGUUUUAUCAGUGUGAAUUAUUACACAUGCUGAUAACAUAUGCCUGUCAUAUCAAAUAGUUAUCAUGUCAGUGUCUAGUUAAUCAUUUAUCACAUUGUUUAAACAUUAAUACUAUUAUCUGCAGACCCUCCAUUUUCAGGCCUUGCUCUGAAUGUUAGACUUUGAGAUUUUUUUUUUAUCAAGUCAUGCACACAUUGAUUCUAUUUUCAUGCUUUGAAACACUUCUUUUGUUAUAUCUAAGACUAAAUCAUACAAUACAUUUCAGUUUUGAUAAAGAUGUCUGUCAGAAUAUAUUUAUGGCACUAAGUCUGAGGUUUGGCACACUAAUAAUUAGGUCUAAGACUAGGACCAUUUUCAUUAAAAUGUUAAGUGUGUUGAACUUGAAAGCACCAGAUUUUAUAUUUGCCAUGUCAGACAGCCUAUUCCUGUUUCAAAAUUUUGCUGAGGUGUGGGUAGUUAUAGGAGGCACACUCUGGCAACUUUGUGCUUAUAUACCAAUGACAGUGCACAAUUGAAAUUCAAUAUUUUAAAGCAAUGUAGCUUUUUUAAGGAACUAUUUAGUAACAAUUAUGGGGUUCCAUAAAAAAUGCUGGUUACUUAAAAAGCUGGAUUUUUGCAGUCUGACAUGCACAAAAACAUUGGCAUAUAAACUUAUAAAAGUUUCCUUUCAUUAAAUUAAAAAAGGAAAAUGAAAUCUGGGAUGAAACAGAUAUUAAUGGACAUGCAUGAAUUUAAUAGAAUAUUGUCAAGGUUUGUUACUUUUGAAUCUACGCUUAAUUGAGCAAAACACAUUAAAAUAUUUUCAAGGUAUUCAACAGUACAUCUGUUUUAUACAGGGUACAUAAUACACCAGUAGCAUCUUUAGUCUGUGUGAAAAUUUUUAAUAUCUUAUUUUAUGGGCAAAUUUUAUCCUUCUUCAUCAUAUAGAUGCCUUUAACGCUUCUGACUCAGUAUCUUACAUGUAUACAGUCUGUCACUAUCGGAUAUGUUUGAUAUAUGACUCAUCUAUGUAAUAUACCUGUAUUUACUUUUCGUACCUGAAUUUACUGUUUACCUACCGUACCUGGUUUUGUUUUUUUUAAAAACCUAGACUCCGACAAUAGUAUUAACAUUUAAAUCCAAUUCAGUUUAAAGGAUUUAAAAGGUGACAGUUUAAAUAAGUUGCUAUGGAAACCAAUGUCAAUUUUACAUACAAAUGUAAGAUUAGAAAUGCAUUUUACAACAGAUGGUAAAUGAUGAUAGCAUUUGACACUAUCUAUUAAAUGAAGCUUGUAAAUGAUAUGCUAGGCCAAUGAAUUUGAUAGUGGUGUAUGAAAAUAAUACAAAAUACAGGGUGAACAUAUAUUAGGGAUAAAAUGAAAAUAAGCUUACAUGCAGACAGCAAGACUAGAGAAUUUUGGAAACAGGCAUUCAAAUUUCACUGCAAUAUGGCCUUAGUUAUUUAGCUGAAAGUGUAAACAAUGUAGAAAGGAAGUCAUUUCAAAUGAGCCGCACCAUGUGAAAACCAACAUAGUGCAUUUGUGACCAGCAUGGAUCCAGACCAGCCUGUGCAUCCACGCAGUCAGGUCAGGAUCCGUGCUGUUCGCUAACGGUUUUUCUAAUUGCAAUAGGCUUUGAAAGUGAACAGCAUGGAUCCUGACCAGACUGCGCAGAUGUGCAGGCUGGUCUGGAUCCAUGCUGGUCGCGAAUGCACUAUGUUGGUUUUCUCAUGGUGCACCUCAAAUGUUGAUUUUUUUCACCAAAAAUUAAUAAGAGUUUAGUAAUAAGUUUUGGUUUAGUUAUGUUUUUGUAACAAUACAUUAUAAAAAGAAUGACUCUAAAAGCUGUCUCCACCCAGACUACCAACUUUCUUUGAGACUUUCCCCACACAGGAAGGCAAGAAAAGACCCCACUUUCAAUCUCAGGUGUCAAAAUAUUAAUAUCUCAAUAAGACAAUUACUUCUGGUCUGGUUUUAGUAAAACAAAACAAAAAUAAUUAAAGAUACUUAUCUUGCUAAUUGCGGUUAUAUUUUUAUUAGGUUCAUUGUCUAUUUUGAGAGUUAAUCGCCUUUUCGCAGACUUGACACAAAUAUUUGAAAUGAUCUAUUUGAGUUUUGUGCCAAAAUAUAGUAUUAACUUAUAUACACUAGCAGAAUACUUUGUUCAUUGUGUGUUAAAUUUAAUAUCUUGUUCUUUUACCCCCUGUAAAUCGUAUUUGUUUCGAGUGUUACAUGAAACCAUAAAAUUGUUAGUAAUUGGUAAAAAGUAUAUUAACAAUUGAUCCGCGCUUCUUUCUGUUAAUAAUGGCUUUUGAAAAAACAAACUUUCCUAUUGACUGGGUGUAUAAAAAGACUGUUAUCUUCUAUUAUUUAUUUCACAAAUUGAAGUUUUUCACCAAUACCAUGUUUUCUUGAUCUGAAAUAGAUUUUACAAUGUAUCUAAUCAUGUAAAAACUUGCUAGUUUUAAAUAUUUACGUGUUAAUACUUCAGAAUGUCUCUUCAAAGAUCUAUAGCUUAUGUGUUAACAAAAUAAAGUUUUAUUUGUGAAAUUCGGAUCUAUACUGUAAGCAGAUUAUGUACUGUCUCAAUGCAUACUUAGAGCACCUUUUAAAAACUUAUGUUAUUGUACUCUAGAUAUUGUACUUGGCAUUUGAAAACAUUUUUAAAGUUUAUGUAAAUUCUGCUAACAUUAUGUUUUGGGCGGUGAUGAUAUAAUUAUGACUUUUCUAACAGUUUGAAUGAUAAAAAACAGCUUUUUCAAACAGUAAUAUUACAAUAAUUCAAUGUUUUGAAGAUUUUAUCACAUUUUCCCCCCUCUUUGUUGCAGUAUGAAUUUUUUAACUGUGAACAAAUUAAAUCAGAAAAUCUUUGCAUUUGAUUAAUACUAUAGCAGUUUAAAAAGUUCUGAUAUCAAAACUUGUUAUAAAAUAUUUCGUGAAGAAGUAGGUAAGUGCAGUAUUGUGUUGUUAUAAGCUAAUAAAAAUUAUUCUAUUUUGGCACUAGGUGUGAUUCAGGCAUAGUUAGAUAUGUGAGAAUGUAGGAAUGUAAUACAUAUAUAUGCCACAGAAACCAGAGCUUGUAUCUCUGUAUAUUAUGUUUUAAGACAAUGAUUUAAUGUUAUAUUGUUACUUGAAAAUACUCUGCUUUGGUAUUUACUCACAAAAUUUGUGCGACCAAAAUUUAAAUUGGCAAAGACCAAAGAUUUGACAAACCAAAAUAUUAAAAAGCAUAUAGUUUGCCACAUUUGUAUCAGUAUCUUGAAAUCACAUCUUCAACAAUACAUGUACACACCCUUUGUCGUGACCAGGAAAAAUGUAACAUUUAUAUUAUAACUUCAAUGCAUUUCUUUGAAAGCUAGAUAAGCAGGGAACAGCAUGAAACAUGCUUUUCAAGUAGUUUUAAGUACAGACUGCUGUGUGCAUUAAUCACAAUUUAUGCACAGUUAUUAAUUUUCAAGGAUAAAAUCCUGUUACAACUACAAAUGCAUAAUUUGUUAUUCUGUCGCCCCUUAGGGGUCAAUGUACAUGGUUGUAAACAUUUUGUAUUAAUUAACAUGUGGUAUUGAUGACCCUAGUCAAUCAGUACAAUGAUCUAAUAAAUUGACAGGUGUCUUGUGCCCAGCAGGCCAUUCCCAGAUAGCUGGACAUCAUACUGUUAUGGUAAAUAUGUAAGACUAAUCAAGUGAAAUAUCAUAAUUGCAUGACUAUUUAGGAUGUAGAUAGUGUUUUGGGAAAUAGGCAGACUUAGAUUUAAAGGUAAAUGCUAAUCCCAUGGUCACCACAUGCACUCUUAGAUUAUGAAGUUAAAUUGGAAGACAAGUUCUCAUCCCUUCAGACCUCCACUCCCCCACCCUCAAGAAGAUAAAUCUUUAUGUCUAGUUGAAAUUUUAGCUAUGUCUUGUUCUUGUCAUUUUGGGCAUUUAAAUAGAUCUAAUCGUGAAAAUAAUGUAUUUUUUAAAAAUUGUUUUAGUUCGCAGCAUUUGUAGUUACAAUUUCUUACUUCAGCAUUUAGUUGUAAAUCAUGUCUUUAUGUAUAAAUCAUAUGGUCAUAAUUUUAUACUUUGUUGUCUUUAUAGAUAUCUUAUAGGUCAUACUGAACCCCAGUUAAGGUAUUGGACCCCUAAUAGUAAUGUUUAAAAAAUGGCAUUUGUUUGGUAUAUUCUUAAAGUUGACCAUGUUUUGCACUGUGUUGCAAAUUUUAAACAACUUUUACAGUGCCGUUUUUUGUAAAUUUUGUAUAAUUUAUGGUAUUUCCUCAAGCUCAAGUAGAGAUAAAUUUCAGUGUGAUGGCUACUAUCUAAAACGUUUGCAGUGAAUUCACUACAGCAUUAAUUUUGAUAAAAGAAACAUCAAACUAUUGUUAAACAAUUAUAAAACACAAAAUAAAACUGUAAAUAUCAUUUUUUUCUAGGGUACCUCAAGUAAACAGAUUUAAUGAGACAGAAUUCUAACUGAAACAUUAAAAAAUUAAGGUCGAAUCCUAUGGGUCUGUUUUGAAUUUUGUUCACUUCAUUCAGAAAUAACCUUGGGGCAGAAGUAAAACCUACCUGCAUUUCUUCCACAAUAUGUAAUAUAAAGAAUGAAGGCAAAAUAGAGAACUUUUACCACAUGUAACUCAGUAUUUUUAAAGAUGUCUAACUCUACCCCUCCCGAUUCAGAGGUAAAUUCACUUUGAACAGCAAGAUUUCGCUAAUAAAAUGAAAAUUUUCCACUUUUGUACAAUACAUCCAUAAUAAAUAUUGAAAGAAGUAAAAACUUACUAGAAAAAAAAGGAAAAUAUGGAGAAAAAAAUUUGGUCCCAGUGGGGCUUGAACCUACGCCCCCCCCUGAAAAUUGCAGUCAAAAUAGGUUUAUGGUAGGAAUUGAAUACUCUUCAAAAAGGAGGUACUCUAUUACGGGUCCAAUACCUUAAAGAAGUUUUAAUGAUUUUAGUGAGGAAAGAAAUGUGAACAUUUUAGCUGAGAAUGUUGUUGUGUAUUUCCCUUGUGCAUCAAAGUGCUUAAGUUUCUUAAUUCAUUUUCAUGUAUUAAGUUGUUUUGUUUUUUUAAAUAAGAGAUUAUGUUUUGCAAUGCUGUUAAUAUUUGAGCUGCACCAUGAGAAAACCAACAUAGUGGCUUUGCGACCAGCAUGGAUCCAGACCAGCCUGCGCAUCCGUGCUGUUCGCUAACAGUUUCUCUAAUUGCAAUAGGCUUUGAAAGUGAACAGCAUGGAUCCUGACCAGACUGAAUCCAUGCUGGUCGCAAAGCCACUAUGUUAGUUUUCUCAUGACGCGGCUCAUUUUUCUUUGUGUUAUAUGUUAAGAUGUUUGUUUUUUGUGAUUUUUCUUUAUUUUCUUCUUGUCGAUUGUAUUCCAAAAGUUUAUUUUUGUAAAUCAGGGAUGUUGAUGUAUAUUUUGAUUUAUAUGAUAUUAAAAAGUAUGAAAAACCUU